AAAGUGGAACAUGGGAAUUGUUUGUUGAGAAUCUCGGGAUCGCUUUUUUUACCGUAAAUGUUUCUCAUUGGCCAAUUAAUUCCAGCGACUUUUAGUUCUUGCCGGUCCGCAUCGGCCGGCCGAAAAUAUCCAUCAAUCCUAGGUAGUUCCACCCCACCGUUUAAGCUCAGGGUACUCAGGUACAUACGGAAUAUAUGCAUGAAUGGACCUCGAUGAGUUAAACCAGUCAACACCAUAUCUGAUCGGGAAUUUAAAAGGUUCGAUCCUUGGGCUUCGAAGGGAGAAAACCAGGCCAGAGGAUAAGAAGGGGGUAACCUUACAUACCAUCUCAACCCUACAUCUUACAUAUUACAUACAUACAUAUAUGUUGCAGCGACACGUGCGAGCCUGGACCGGCAGGGUAACCAAACAGCUUUCCACUAUGGCAUCAUCCGGGGCGUCGAAUACGCCGGUGGAGGACACCAUUCGGGCAAAGAUCACCGAAGCCCUCAAACCUUCUAGACUGGAGAUCUUCAACGACUCCGCCAACCAUUCUCACCACAAGGCUAUGGUGGGUAACACUUCCAAGGAGACACAUUUCAGGCUAGUCAUCACCUCCGAUGCCUUCAAGUCCAAGAUGCAGCCCGCCCGCCAUCGCCUUAUUUACCAGCUUCUAGACGACGAGAUGGCUCGGGAAGGCGGCAUCCACGCGCUGCAGCUGCGCACUAUGACCCCCGAGGAGGAACAGAAGUGGCAAGAGAAACAGCAGCAGUAGUAGGGCGCUACUAGUAUUGCUGAGUCUACCUAGCUUCAGCUAGAACUUGAGGCGUGGAGAUGAUUGAUAUGUAUGUACGAUACUAGUGUACAUACAAGAGGGUUUCUCUAGCUUUACUCACCAGUCGCAGUAUGUUAAGCUACCCAAUACAUGACGAUUCAUCAUUUCGCGAAGCAAAUGUGUUUUGAUAACCGAGGUAAUAAACACGAGACAUAGUUAACCUAGCUCAUAAGUUCUAUUACAACUUCAUAAUCCACAUAUGCUUUACA